GUCGCUACUUUCAUUUAAUACGCAUUAAAUGAAAUUCUAGAGAUUUCACAAAUUACAUAAAUAAACCGUUACACAUGCCAAAAAACAAGAGAAAGAGAAACCAGUGUGUGGCGAAAACUUUUCUCUGCCAUUUUUCACGCGCUAUUGAAAAUCUAAAGAGAUAAAAAGAGCAAAAAAAAAACAUUAGAUCUAUUAAAUCAUCAAUAAAAAUAGCUAGAAAAAAAAACAAAAUUCGGAAUCCAACCAUUAACUAACGGUACCAUGAGCGCAGCUGUUUGAAAAAAACCAACAACAACAACAAAAACCACCGAAAACAUCACGCAUCAAAUCACACAAACAACAAACUGUAGUAGCAAAAGCCGGCGCACAUAAUUAAUAUGUACGAGAAAACAUUAACAAUAGGAAAUGCAAAAGUUAAUAAUGCAUAUGAGUGGCAAAAAGUGAGUUAUAACAACAAAAGCACAACAACGGCCAAACCAAAGCAAAUCAAUCACAAAACUAGCAAAAGCAGUGCAAAAACUGCAACCAAAACAAAUGCAACAAAAAUAGCAAGUGCAGCAGCAACAACAACAACACCCAAAGAAACGGUUAAACCCUCCACACAACCACUACAAAACAACCAAAAGUACAAAUACUUCGGCAGUGCGGCGCGCCGGCUGGCGCAUCAAAUAAAGCGGGCGCAUCGGCAUUUAUUGACCAGCGGCGGCAACGACAAACAACCACAACAAAAGCCUGUUGCAAAAAGGACACCAAAAACAACAACAACGGCGGAGGGUGCAGCAGCUGGAAAACAGAAACAGCAGCCGCGUAACAAACGCGCAAGCAACAAACAAUUGUUAAAAAGUGAUAAACCAAAGCCGAAAGCAGGCAAACACCAGCGUCAACAGCGUGGCAGCAGCAGGCAGAGUCGCAGUGACGGGGCACUAUCGGGGCAGUCUUCGCGUUGGUGCUCCAUCGAGGCGCAGCUGAAUGUGCUGGACGAUCUGCUCUAUUACUGCGAUGAGGAGGCCGAACUGUAUUUAGCCCAGCUCUACGAAAGGUACCAGCAGCUCAUCUGCGACCAGAGCUCCAACAGUGAGUACGAGUCGGGAUCGACGGACUUUUGGAGCGACGCCUCUGACUCCGAAGACAAUAUGUCGCAGCAAAACAGUGCCGACGACGACGCCCUGUCCAGCACCAGCGGGACGGGCAGCAACAGCACCCACAGCCUGGUUCCAGCCGCCCUGAAACGACGGGGCCAUCAGCAUCAUCCCCGCUUCUCGGGCACACGGCGGCCCAAUGUGCCCAAUGUCCAGGAGAUACUGGCCGCGCUCUAUCGCGGCGACUCCAAGGGGGUGCUCUCCAAUCUGCGCGGUGAGGCUCAACCAGAGCCGGAACCCGAGAACGAGACACCCGUGGAGGCGCCUUCCACGCCGAUUAGCCGCAGCACCCUAAGUCUUCCACUCACCGAUUCGGUGACCAAUUCCCUGGGCAGCAACAGUCCCACGCCCACGGAUGAGAGCAGCAUUCAAGAUGACAGUGCGGCCACACCCGUAACGGGAACCACAACAGCAACGGCAACGCCUUCAGGCCUUCCGGUGCCGCCCAACGGGAAGGAGAAGGAGGCCAAAACGUCCAGUGGCAAGAAAAAGAAGCGGGACAGAGGCGAAAAGUCCGAGAAGCGGGAAAGAGGCGACAAGUCCGAGAAGAGUGAUAAAGGCGACAAGUCGGAGAAGAGUGAAAAAGGUGAAAAGUCAGAGAGAAAGAAGAAGUCCUCCUCAUCAUCGUCGGGCAAGCGCGAGCGCAGCAAACGUCAUGGACAUGGAGCAGCCGGCACGAGUGCAAUGGAGGCCAGCAGUGAUAGCCUGGCCACCGAUCUCAGCGCCGGGGCCAUCGACGAGGGCAUCGCACUGGGCGAUGACGACGACACCCAGUCGGCCGAGUGGUCCAAAUUGCGAUGCACCAGCGAGGCGGCCGAGAUUGUGGCGGAGCGAGAGGCACGUCGGAACAAGGGACGGUGUGCGGACUAUCCGGGUCUGGCCUUUGGACGUUCCAUCUUCAGUUCGGACACCAUGAUGAAGUUCAAUAUCAUCCGGAACGAGCUGCACAACAUCAUGAAUACACAACUAAAAAGGGCCGAAUCUGAGGUUGCUGCUCUGAACCGUCGCAUUCAGUUGCUCGAAGAAGACUUGGAGCGCUCUGAGGAGCGUCUGGGUUCCGCCACAGCCAAGCUGUCGGAAGCCUCUCAGGCCGCCGAUGAGAGCGAACGGAUACGAAAAGCGCUUGAGAAUCGCACAAAUAUGGAAGAUGACAAAGUGGCUCUCUUGGAGAACCAAUUAGCACAAGCAAAAUUAAUUGCAGAAGAAGCCGAUAAGAAAUACGAAGAGGUUGCCAGAAAACUUGUGCUCAUGGAAGGAGAUCUGGAGCGUUCCGAGGAAAAAGUUGAGCUCAGCGAAAGCAAAAUUGUGGAGCUUGAGGAAGAGCUGCGCGUGGUUGGUAACAACCUGAAGUCCCUGGAAGUCUCUGAGGAGAAGGCCACACAAAAAGAGGAGACCUUUGAAACGCAAAUCAAGGUCUUGGACCAUUCUCUGAAGGAGGCUGAGGCUCGCGCUGAGUUCGCUGAACGUUCCGUUCAGAAAUUGCAGAAGGAAGUCGACAGGCUCGAAGAUGACAUGAUCGUUGAGAAAGAACGCUACUGCCUGAUCAACGACAGCCUCGACGAAGCCUUCGUGGAUGUGAUUGUGGGCCUGGAGCCCUUCUGGAACCCGCGUAAUCCCAAGCCGCCCACGCCCGAGCUCACCGAGGAGGAUCUGGCCCGCAUUGCCGAAGCGAAAGCAGCGGCGGAGGCCAAGGCCGAAGCCGAGGCCGCCGAGCAGGCCGAGCGUGUGGCUGCGGCAGUGGCUGCUGCCCUGGCUGCGGGCAUCGAUCCGGCGACCGUGGUCGUCGAGGGUGCACCCGGAGAGCCGCCAGUGCCCAUCAAGAUACCCACACCACCGCCCAAGGAGCCCACUCCUCCACCACCACCGCCGCCACCAUUCGAGUACUCGAUCGAUUUGCCCCCAGAGGGUGCCGAGGUCCCGUAUGUCAAGAACUACGAGCCACCACCACCGGGAUCGGAGCCAGAGCCCGUGCCAGCUGCCGAGGGAGAGGCUGCCGCCGCUGCCCCGCCGGCCGAGGGAGAAGCACCUGCCGCACCGGCUGAGGGUGCAGCCCCACCACCUGCCGAUGGAGCAGCACCGCCCGCUGAGGGAGCUGCCCCCGCCGAAGGAGCUGCUCCGGCGGCUGAGGGAGCUGCACCCGCUGCCGAGGCUGCUCCUGCUGCUGAGGCUGCGCCUGCUGCUGCUGAGGCUGCACCUGCCGCCGAAGCUGCACCCGCUGCCGAGGCUGCCCCUGCCGCCGAGGCUGCUCCCGCCGAAGCACCACCAGCCUAAGCCGACCAUUGCGACCCCGAUGCUAGUCCCCAACAGAGUCUGCUGCGCAAAACCAAAGACACAACAACUGCUACAAAAUGCUGCCCUGCUUUUAUACACCUAAUUUUGAGCACGUUUUUGGAUACAUUUUUAAUUAAAAAUUUCAUUUAAUCGAAGCAUUGCAAAAACCAAAA